AUUCACAAAGUCUACCUUAGAAUUAAAAACCAACAUAAAAUCCUUCUCUGCUCUUCCAUCUCUCCCAUCUCAUCUGAGACACCAAAGCAGCGAACUCCAAUCCCUCCGCCAUCAUGAGCUACGACGAUGAUCAUGAUCAUGAUCCUUCAUCUUUCACUUCCAAAAACCCUUAUGAUCUUAACAGCAAGAUCAUGCUCACUGCCAUCAUUUCACUAUCUUUCGUCGUAGUUCUAGUUAUAGUCCUUCACAUCUACGCACGAUGUGUCCUCAGACGCCAAGCCAGACAACGCCGAGCGGCUAUUCGUAGUCUGGACCUCACCGCGGCUCAUGGCCAAUCCGGUGAGCCGCCCAAGACCGGCCUUGACCCUUUGGUCAUCUCCUCCUUGCCUAUGUUUGUCUUCAAACAGAAAGAUGGUGUUGAUGUUGAGACCAUGGUAAUAGAGUGCGCGGUUUGUUUAAGCAAUCUUGAAAACGAAGAGAUGGCCAGACUUUUGCCGAAUUGUAAGCACACUUUCCAUGCAGGGUGCAUAGACAAAUGGUUUGGUUCACAUUCCACAUGUCCCAUCUGCCGCACCGAGGCCGAGCCGCGGCUGCAGCCGGAAUCCCGUGAGGGUCCUUCCUCUGCUGUUGCAGCCACAGCUCCACCGUUGGAACGUGUGAAUUCCACAUUGUCAUGCCAGGAAGGGACAUCGAAUACUGGAGGUGAAUCCUCUGCUAAAAUUUUAGGUUCCAGUUCAAGAUUGAGUUCUUUCAGAAGAAUACUCAGCAGGGAUAGAUCGUCAAGGAGACUUCAAUCUUGUUCCCAAGAAGAUAUGGUAGAUUUGGAGAGACAGUGAUUAUCGGUAAAGGCCUAAAUUUUCUACAGUUAAUAUUUCAUUAGAUUAUGUAUUAUAAAAUAUAAAUUCGUAAUUUUUUUUUUUUUUUUUAUAUAUUUUUCUCUC